GUCGUCAUCGAGCACUAUCAAAGUUGCUUGAUGUGUGCAUUCCCUGAUUUUCUGAAAAUCUCUCCCAUUUAACCCAACUUUGUAUCAUCAUGGAAGGACUCAAUGCCUCGGAACAGCGCGAGCUCGCUGCCCGCAUGGAGAGAAAGCAGCUGAAGGAGUUUAUGACUAUGUACUCCAAGCUCGUGCAGAAGUGCUUCGACGACUGCGUCAACGACUUCACCACCAAGUCCCUGAUCAACCGCGAGGAGAGCUGCGUGAUGCGCUGUGUCGACAAGUACAUGAAGGGUUCGGCCCGGUUGAACGAGCGGUUCCAGGAGCAGAACGCGGCCAUGAUGCAGCAGGGCCAGCUGCCGGGUCGGUAAACUGGUGCUUUGUACGAUCUUGUCUUGCUGGGUAGUUCUUGCAUUCGGGUUGGCGAACUGUGUAUAAAAUCUUAGAAUUCAACGACGAGCUCCUGGUUUCGGAAGAUA